ACGUCGGCAAAGAUGGUUGGAGUCUCUCUGCAUACAUGUAGUAAUUUGCACUCAGUACUAAUCAUCUCGUCGAGUACCGUAGUCGUCGGACGGUGGGGAAAAGUUGGCGCGAAGAACCUUUUUGUACAGCAAACCAUAUGGAGUCCAAGUGUCGAAAACGGUGCUUCCUGUUGUCAUAGAAUGUAGUGAAUUGUUCGGCAGUGAAAACGAUUGUCGAUGAUCCGCCUGUGACGAUCGAAAACCCAUCAGUUUUAGUUACAUUAAAUCACGUGUGUGUAAAUAGAGUGUAUUGUAAAUAUAGUGUGUUGUAUAAGGUGCUGUGAUUUGUGAUAAUCAUAAUGGCCGGCGUUCUAUUCAUAGUCCACAUACCUUCGGCGAAGCAUGAAAUAAUCUUACGCCAAAAGGAGAAGGAAAGGUUGGCCAAAAGUAGUUCGGCUGAAAUCACCGAUGAAAAAGGAACCAAAAAGGAUGGAACCGAUGAAACGCAACCGUUCCUCACGCCCCAACCGCAGAAACAUUUGCUAAAGGAUAAGGAAGAUUUGCGACGCAGUUUCUUUGAUCUCGCUGAACGUCAGCAUAAGGAUUCCAACGCGAACCAAAUUCAAGGGGACAGCAGCAAUCUGUUGCCACCAACACUGAUCAUUCCGGUAAUCAACUGUCCGGAUGGUGAUGGAAUGGACGAUCCGAAAACACCCGAGAAUAACAUCGAAGCUGUCGGUCAAUCACUUGCGGUUCCAUUCGAUCGGACUUCCGCUCUGCGAAAAUCCUGGGAAGGAUUCAAGGACAUCUUGAGUUCAGCUCGCAAGGAUAAAGAAAAGGACCCGCGCACAGUGGAGGCCGAAAAAUUUAACCUAGAUGCCGAGUCCACCCUGGAAGACGUAAUGAAAGAGAUCAUCCAGGAAAAGAAAAUUUAUAACGCAGCCUGGAUUGAAUCCAAUAAAGGAAAAGGAUAUCAGAUUACGUUCUCUAUAGAAUCUGGUAACAAAUGUGACGAUCUGAUUUACCUGCUCAGUUCCUGGGGAGUGGGAGAACGGUUCAACUCGACAAUCUCCAUCGCCUCUUGCACGCUAUUCACCGAGCAACCACAGGAAGAGGAAGCAACUUCGGAAGCAAAUGCCAGCAAAGAUGGUGGCUGGAAUAAUUUUCUGUCGUCUGUGCGGGCUCGCCUAAACGUGGCACAGAUCGUCGAAGAGGUCAAACACGACGCCACUAUAACAUUCGAUUUCGUCUCAAUGAUUGUCGUUGCAAGUAUAUUGGCCGCAUUUGGACUGAUUGAAGAUAGUACGUUGUUUCUGAUCGCAAGCAUGCUGAUCUCUCCGUUGAUGGGUCCAAUCAUUGCAAGUAUCUUUGGAACUGUAAUCAAAGAAAGAAGCCUCCAAUUGAUGGGAGUAAAAAACGAAAUGAUCGGAAUUUCGUUGACCAUUUCUGUCGGGUUCAUUUUUGGACUGAUUGUGUGUAGUUUGGAUGAAAGGUACGGCGUGGGUGAAGGAAUCACCAAUGAAAUGCUAAGUCGGUGUGAAGUGCACUCCCUGCUAGUGGGAAUCGCGAUUGCAUUGCCCUCGGGAGCGGCCGUGGCAAUUGCAAUUCUAGGUGAAAACAUCGGAUCACUCGUUGGGGUGGCCAUCUCAGCUUCCUUGCUGCCACCUGCAGUCAAUGCGGGUGUUUUAUGGGCACUUUCUGUUCUAUGUUUCGUUCUUGGAACACCCGAUGAACGUUAUAGUGCUGUAGUGAAAACUAACAUAUAUUCUGAUAACCAAACACUUGAACUCUUCUCACUUGGCUGCAUGAGCAUGUGUCUUACCUUGCUCAACGUCAUCUGCAUCUAUCUGAUGGGUGUUAUAUUCCUCAAGAUCAAAGAAGUUGCUCCGAUCGUUCCUAAGGAUCAGAAACAAUUCUGGAAGCACGAUAUUAAGAUCGCUAGAGAUUACAAUAGGACACUGCACUCCACAGACGGAAUGUCCAUGAGCAAGCAGCUGAUCCAAGAAUUGACUGCUCUUCAUAACCAAGAUCAGGAUGGACGAGGAUUUGGUUCAGAGUUGAAGUUAAAUACCAUCACCCGAAAUCAGCACACCUGGUCUCCAAAUCACAAUUACCACCAGAGAGAACAUAGACCGACCAUACAAGAGCUCGAAGCACUCUACCUCAGUCUGUCAGCUAAUACUGGCGAGAGUCAGUAUCACUAUUCGACACACCAUGCUGCCCAUCCGUUUGCGAAGCUUCCUGCAUCUUAUAUUCGUUCAUCGAAACCAUGGUCACCGUCAAAACUAAACGAAGACGGUCAACCAUCGUCCCCAACCGGGCAUAAACGAAUGGGUUCGCACCCAAUGGACAUCGGACAUCAUCGGCUUCAGCGAUUUUCUGAUUCGAUCCGCAGCACAUCGGCCCCACUAUCGAAAAUCCUGGAAAAUGUCCCCAGUGAAGGGAUUUCUGGUAUUCGACCAGGCUCAGUAUUCGGCGAAGGAACCUCCCGACGAAAUUCCAUCAUGGGCAGGCCUUUCAAAUAUAGUUUGAAAAAGUCCAACAAAUUUACCGUCACCCCGGCCUUCGAUCCUGCUGCCAAAAAGUGAAAUGUUUAAAGUUACUGUCUCGAAGUAAAAUGAAGAGGAUGCGUCUACUUAGGAAUCAUCUGCUUCCGUUUAUUGUUUUAUCGAAUGUAUAUUAUUUGUAGUUGUUUGUCAAUGUUGUAUGAUGAAUUUAAAACAAAUUUACAUUCUAAGAUAACAGAUUUACAAAUCUGUGCGCCUUAAAGUCGGUCGAAAAUUUAAA